CUGAGAAUAGCUGCAAAACACAGACCCACCAACUUUUCAGAAUCCUCUCCUUCUUCUUCAACCAGAGCUAUAAGUUAUAGAGAGAGCACCUUUACAUGCCUCCAAGACGACGAACCAGGAAGGGUGAUAGACGUUUAGAUGCAGCCUUGGAUGCCAUGGCUCUCCUUGGGUUUCCUGAUAAAUUGGUUUCUCAAACUAUCAAUGAACUCUUGAAAGUUUAUGGAAAAGAUGGAUGGGUUUUUAUUGAAGAGUGUUCUUACCUUGUCUUAAUCGAUGCCUUGGUUGAGAAACAAAAAGAGGUUUCUAAAGAACAGGCUUCUUCUUUAGAAAAUGGUGCCGGAAGCAUGGAAGAUAUUGAAUCAUCAGCUGCAGGGUCUUCAAAUGGGGUUAGAAUAUCUACUACCUGCUCUAUGCCAGAGGAUAACAACAGUAGCAAAACAUAUGAUACUUUGGAAGCUCCAUCACAGACCAGCGGAGCUCAGGAUUCUGUGACACUAACUAAUGACUCAGCUCCUAAGGAAUGCAUCCCACCAGCAGAAGAAGAAAGAAGAAGCCCUGGAGAGAUUAAGUUGGACCAGAGCUCCAGAAGAAAGAAAGCGCAUUUUGUAUUGGGUAACAAUGCUAAAGAUUCUGGGACUGAUAAAAAUGGUAGGACGAAGACCCAAAAAUUGGAGGGUGGAGUUCCAAUCCAGAGUCAUAGACCUUGCCAUGGUUGGAUUUCUGAUGACGAUGAUGAUGAUGAGGAUCUUGUGGAACUAUCUCCGGAACCCUUACCACAACAUUUGGAAAAUUUGUUUAUUGGAUCUUGUAGUAAGAAAAAGCGUAAGAGCAGGUGGGAUGUGAGGCCUGAAGAUAUGUAAUGUAAAGGAUCUCUCUAAUUCUCAAUUUCUCAUGAUUUAUAAUCAUUUUUGUGGAAUUGUUGUAGUUGAAAAUUUUAUAUAUAUAUAUAUAUAUAUAUAUGGUGUAACAAAUAAUUUAUAUUUGAACAAUGAAUAAUUAUUUUCUAAAAUUAUGUUAACACACCA